GUUUUAAGUCGUUGUCCACUGAAUGUGGACAAGUAUACGAUACGCAUUAUCGUCGCUAUCAAGUAUCAUACAGAUAACACAUGUUGCGGUUUGAAUGUCAAUGUUAUAUACUCUUUCAACAAUUACUGGUCCUUUCGAAACUCCGCCACGUUGUAAUCGUUUGAAAUGAAGUCCCGCAAGAUAGAAGCUGUCGUUGCAUUCCUAUUGACGUCCCAUAUACUCCCGGUGGCCGCUAUGGAUUCUUACGUCGGUGCCGUCUAUGAACAUAACGUCACGUAUCCUGCGGAUAGACGCACUGUGGUCACACGUAGUCAAGCACUAAACGUCAUGUUAAAAAAUCUCGCCGUGUUCGCAGGGCAGGCUGACAUAGCGGCCAGCAGGAAUGCUCAGAUAAUCGUUUUCCCUGAGUAUGGCCUAUACGGACUGGGCUGGACUAGACAGACCAUGUUCCCCUACUUGGAGUACAUACCCGACCCAGCAGCGAGAAUGUGGAAUCCGUGCAACAGAUCAAAACCAUUCGACUCUGAGGUUCAAACUGAACUCAGCUGCCUCGCUAAGACACACUCCCUCUAUUUGGUCGCCAACAUGGGCGCAACGUUACCAUGUCCGCCCGGCGAUACGUCAUGCCCCGAUGACCACCGUUAUCAAUACAACACCAACGUAGUCUAUGCUCCAAAUGGCGACUUUAUCGCACGGUAUUUCAAAUACAAUCUCAAUAAAGAAGAAUUUAGCUAUUUUGACAAACCCGCAGUCGUCAACUACACAAAGUUUACCACUCCGUUUGGAACAUUCGCAACGUUUUGUUCCAAUGAUAUAUUGCACGAGGAGCCUACGGUUACAUUAAUUAAGAAGAUGAAUAUUACCAACAUUGUCUUCCCGUCGGCCUGGAGGGAGCAACUUCCGCUCAUGUCGGCCAUUGAAUUCCACUCGGCGUUCGCAGAAGGCAUGCUGAUAAACCUCCUGGCGGCGAAUUUACACAUUCGAACGAUGGGUUAUUAUGGCAGCGGACUGUAUUGGCCGACAGGUGUUUCAAUCAAUGCAAGCUACUGCUACAACGACGACGUCGGCAGCGGUGGCUUUCUCGUCGUUGACAAGCUGACGCCAUUUACUAUUCCAUCUGGUAGACCGAUACAAAGUCAGCAUAAAAAGCAGCAUGAUUUAAUUAACAGAAAGUUGAACUCUGAUAUUGAAAUGUUCUCAGACGAAGUAAACACAAACAUUUCAAGGCAAAUCAGUAUCAACGGUGACCUAUAUACCUCUGUCUUAAUCACAGAGGAUGCCGGAAGAACGACAGUUUGUCAACGGACGCUUUGCUGCACCGUAAUGUACGAGGGUGGAUUCAGCGCGUAUUUGUACGCGUUCGGCGCCUUCGAUGGCUUGCACACCGCAGAUGACACGUACUAUCUACAGGCCUGUGCGUUCAUCAAGUGUGCCAACAACUCCGCGGAAAGCUGCGGACAACCGACGAAGCACGCCGAAAGUUAUAUAGACAAGAUGACGAUGCAGGGUAACUUCUCUGCGCCAUAUCAGUACCCGGAAGUGCUAACGAUCAUCGACGAGGAGCCCAGUCUGGUUACGGAGAUCUGGUACUUCAUGGCCGGAUCAAUCAUCAUCGACGCCGGGCUAUCAGGGGAGACAAUCACAGUGGGAAUAAUGGCACGUGAUUAUAACAAAGACCCAAGAUAGUGAAUCAUAGCGAAGUGUAUUGUUUGCACACGCACACAUGUUUUAUACCAUAUGUUCACAACAGAUGCUUGUAAAAUACAGAUAUUCUCCCGACUUGCAGGCGAAUUAUAAAUAUGUUCAAUUGUUACUAUGUUUAACAAUGCACCCCUCUGUUACUUUGACCAUUGAAUUAUUGAAAACCAA